GUCUCUUGUAUUAGUAUUUAAUUCAUAGUAUUUUCUUCUUAAAUUCAGUUCGCUUCAGUUUUAUCUCCCGUUUAAUGGGGUUUUUUUUCCCCACCCACUUCCUUCUUCGCAAACAAAGUAGUAAGCUUUCUAUAAGUCAACGAUCGCAGAAGGAAUUAGGAAGCAAAAAAGAAAAAUGGCCAAGACGUUAGAUGGAAAAAAAGUUAAUGUCGAUUUAAUAAUUAGGGAGCUUAAACACAAUGGUCGUUACAAUAUUGUCCAGUUAAUUAUAUUAUCGCUUAAUAUGUUGUCGCAACCGGCGAAUAUUCUUUCCAUCCUGUUCAUAGGGAUGAAACCAGAUUUUCAAUGUCGAGCUUAUGAUAACAGCACUAUACUACCUAUCGAAAUCCAGGAGUUGAUGAGUUCUAGCAGCAACAACAAUGCUACUUGGUUAGAAUAUAGCCAGUGUUCAGUCAAUGUGAUGUCAAGUAACGGUCCUACAAAUUCCACAAUUUUGAGUCUACCCUGUACAAAUGGUUAUAUAUAUGAACGACCGAAGAGUAACUCUUUUAUCUCUGAGUGGGAUUUAGUCUGCGGGAAGAGAGCAUUUGGUGCCCUUUCACAGACAAUACUGGUGAUUGGUAUGACAGUUGGAGCGUUUGUAAUACCAUAUUUCGCAGACCGUUGCGGCCGGCGACCAAUAAUUAUAUUCUGCCAAGCAGCUAUCUGGGUCUGUUCAUUUGCUGUGGUUUUCAUUCCAUCACUGGUUCCAUUCCUGGUACUGCGAUUUUUCAUUGGAUGUUUCGAGCAGGGCUAUAGCAUUCCAACGGCAACUUUAGCAUUGGAGAUUUUUCCAACGGAAAGACGAGCAUUUAUCUCAAUGAUCCGCGGAGUAAAUUGGUCACUGUCUUGUCUGGUUCUCGGUAUGUCAGGUUAUUUAAUGCGUAGUUAUAACUGGAGGUAUUUCGCACUGCUGGUGUCUUUCACGGCGACUGUAUUCAUCAUCGACUUCUUAUUUUUAAAAGAAUCUCUCCGGUGGCUUUUUGUGAACAAUCGUUUGGAUCGUGCAAAAGAGAUUAUACGACAUGCAACGAAAAUGAACAAAAUAGAAUUUGAUCCGAUUUGGCAUAAACAUGUUGAAAUUGCCGGGGAAGAAUGCGUCAGGUGCGAUAUCCUCAAUGAUAAAACAACUACCAUUCCUCUCAUGUCGUCGAAUAAUGACAAAGAUUCUGAACUUGAUAAGAGUAGUUCCAUAAAUUCUCUGUUUACAAUUGAGCCACCGCCGAUCACCAUUGAGAAUACAACCGAAUAUAAUGUAACACCAGAAGAACCUCUAAGUAGCAAAGAUAAUCCUAGUUCUUUGACGCUGUUUACAGACCCGGCAUUACGAAGUAUCAUGCUCAUACAGAUAUACUGCUGGGCGAUCAAUUCAAUGUCCUACUACGGUAUCUACUUAGCAGUGACGUCAUUGAGUGGUAACAAAUAUUUCAACUUCCUUGUAACAGCAGCAUGUGAGUUGGUUACUAUGAGUUCCGUGUGGAAAGCCUUUAUGUGGUUUGGAAGGAAAAAAGCCCUCAUUGGAUAUUUACUAAUCGGAUCGUUGUCCCAGUUUGCAGCAAUAUUCAUAAAUCUUUAUAUCGAUAAAAAUUCAAAGUACAUUUUUCUGGAAAUAGUGGCUUCUACCCUAGGAAUGUUUGGUGUUUCAGGUGCUUUUUCAGCUAUUUGGGGUUAUCUACCCGAACUCAUUCCAACGAAUUACCGGAACAGUGCCGUUGGUUUUUCAUCGUGUGCAGCACGGGUUGGAAGUGCAGUUUCUCCAUUUACGCUACUUGUGGUGUCAAUCAUCCCCUGGGUUCCGCCGGCAGUAUUCUCGGGUGGACUCUUCCUCGCAGGUGUAUUGGUGCUACUUUUACCAGAGACACGCGGUAGACAGAUGCCUCAAUGUAUUGAUGAUGUGCGAGCAUGGUCAUGUAAAAAGAAAUCUGAAGAUCAAUGAAGUUCCUUCUGUCUCAAUCCAACCUACCUUGUUGUUUUCUUAUCGUUAUUUUUAUUGUUGUUAUAAUUGUUGUUAUUGUUGUUGUCGUUGAUGUUAUUGUUGAUGCUGUUGUUGUAUUGCUGUUGCUACGAGGUUGAGACCUAAUCGAGCAGUAAUAAGAAUCAACAGUAUAUAUGAUCUGUAAUCUGCUGCAAAGAAAAUAUUGUAUUUCCUACUUGCUGUAAUAAAAUUAAUAU